UUAUAGAGAAAGAUGGGACAUCACUCGUGCUGUGACAAGAAGAAGGUGAAGAGAGGACUGUGGUCAGCGGAGGAAGAUGAGACACUCAUCAACUACAUUUCAAACUAUGGCCAUGGUUGCUGGAGCUCUGUCCCAAAAUUUGCUGGCCUGGAGAGAUGUGGAAAGAGCUGUAGACUAAGAUGGAUAAAUUAUCUCAGACCUGACUUAAAACAUGGGCACUUCUCUCCAGAAGAAGUGGCCCUCAUCACUGAACUUCAUGGCAUUCUAGGAAACAAGUGGGCUCGGAUAGCCAAGCAACUACCAGGAAGAACAGAUAAUGAGGUCAAGAAUUUUUGGAAUACAAGCAUAAGGAAGAAGCUAAUUUCUUAUGAUGUUCCUGCAAUAGCCACCUUUCCUGAUGUGCACUUUAAUGGUAACUCUGAGGAAGGUCUUUUCUCCCUAAAUGCAAACCCUAAUUGGAUCCUAAGCUCACAGCAAGACCAACUAGAACUUGACCCACUUGCUAGACUCCCAUAUUUUCCAGUAGGCUGUAAUUAUCCUUAUGAUCCACACGUGCCCAACAAUCAUAUGGAGUACAUGGAUGCCAUCAUGUCAUCAUCGUUAUCAUCAGCAUCAACAUUGUCAGCAUUAUCAAGCGGCCAAUUUGCCACAAAUCCUAAUCUUCCUUCAAGCUGA